AUGGAGGUUUAUAAUGUUCAAGGGGGUCACGUGGAGGGAGAGCUGUGCAAAGACAUCGGUUUCCCGCUGAGUGGGCUCGCUUCAGAUCAUCAGUUUAGCGUCGAGGAGAACGAGAACUCGUAUUCUGGCAAGAUCCACCACCGCCACCGUCGGCACACACACAGCCAGGACACGCUCUGCCACACGCACACCAAGAACAAACGUCAGGCUCCUCCCUUCCCUGCAGAUGAGUUCGACAUCUCUCAGUCGCUGCUCAAGGCUUUGGAGUCUGAAAGCGAUUCUCCUCCCUGGCCUUCGCUGCACAUCAACAUCGACAACAAGGGAGAGGAGAAGCAGCUGUCUGAAAAGUCUCUGCACCCUCCUGCUUCCCCAGCGAUGCUCCCCGACCACCUCAAAUGUAACAUCCUCAAGGCCCAGAUGGAGGCAGCCUUCAGAAAAGAAGCCCCAACAACACCCAGAGGGAAGAGCUCAACUGAGACCCUGAAUGAGAGGUAUCAGAGCUCCUCCCAAGACUCAGCGGCAUCCAGUCUGACAGCAGAAAAGACGCCCCACAGGCAAGAUCGCAACCUGACGCCAGAGAGGCUCCAGCCCAAAGCCAACCCGAGCACCAACCGCAGGAAACGGCUGGUCCGGCAGUUCAGCUUUAACCAUGAAGAUGAAGAUAAUCUCCCUGAAGCACUCGCAGCCAUCUCCUCCCAGAGUACAGCAAAGUCGGGCUCUAGCAGCUCAUUGGACAAACAGAUACAGCCGUCUAUCUACCCACAGGGGGAUAAUAUGCCAGCACUGGAGCUGGGUAGUCCAUGCUGUCCCUCUCCUUCGCCCUCCCCUCAUCUCUCCCCUUCUUACUACCGUAGCUCCAUUCCUCACCUGGUUCCUUACCUUGCUGCCCAUAAUGACAGCGGAGAAGAAAUUAGGGUGGACAGAGAGAAGAUCCUGAGAGCGCUCCUGAUGACAGAGCUCUGAGACCUCGACCCUUCAGACGGAAGCUAAGAAGUCCCAAAGUCACUGGUGUCAGUCAGCAUUUGUAUACUUGCAUUGCACAUUUAGCAGUUAUAAAUCUAUAUUUGCAUAAAGGCGGUUGUUAUAUUUGCUUAGUUGUUAUAUUAGAAAGAAGGCUCUUUGUAAUAACUGAACUGAACCUGUACAAAAAAGCGAAAUGGAAACAAGUGGAUUCACUCACAUGCAUUACAGACGAGCUACAGACUGUAUUCCUGGUGCUGCCUGCAUGAUUAAUAUGUUUCCCUAAACGAUUAUCAGAUUUUGCUUUGGACUUCUGUUUAUGUGUGAGUUCAUCCUCAUCGUCUUCAUCGCCGUGUCCGUGCUGAUGCCUAAACUGUGUUUCAGACAGCGACUGUUGAAGCUUUGAUCUCCAUGUAAAAAGCUCUCCUGAAAUGAAAGUCACUUCACUUUCAAAUCAGUUUGUUCAAAAUGUAAAUAGUCAUUGAUAUCCUGAGAACAGAGCAGGCGUUGUAAAUGCUUACCUCAGUACUGUAAUUCCUAUAUCAGAUAUCCAUUUUUUACACGCAAAAAACAUCUGCAGCAUCUGUGGUUUUAAAGAAAAUCCUGAACAGAGUGAGUUGAAAGUGAAAACUGGCAGAUCUCGACACCUCAGUCUCCGUGUGCCCACCAGGAGGCGCCAAAGCUCCUGUGGGGCAGCAGCCUUGAUCUUGUGUUACAGGUGUUCAUGAAAAACAGCUCAUGCGUCCCUUUGCUAUGUUUUAAACAUGCAGCUCAAAACCAAAUCUGGCCUCAGAGGUCAGACCCUUGGAAAUAUUUUAUUAGUGCGCAAAAAACAACAACUUCAUUUCAGCCCUUCUUUGUCACAAUCCGAGGCGGCACAUGAUCUGCACCUGUACUGUAUGUUGCUGAUUGAGUUUUCCUACCUUGGACUGGAUCUCAAUAAAGGCCACAUCAUCGGUUUGACAACUCUGCAGCAGCAUCUUUGUUUCUUUUCUUCCUCUGACAUGGGAAUGUGGCUCGGCCUCGCCCUGCCUGCCGGUUUGUUAGGUAUGUGCCUCUCACCCUCCCUGCGAUGAAACAAAAGAUGUGUGCUGUGCGGGACUUUAGUGAGGUAUCUGCCAGUGCGGUGAGUCAGCCUGUUAAUUGUACCUCUGUUUUGUCAAGAACUCAGUGUUCGAUAAUUCAUCUUCAAGGUGAGAUGCAGCAUGGCAGAAAGAGGGAGGAAGAGAAGCACUGCUUCGAAGUGAAUCACACACUCUGCUGUAAAUGAUUCAGUGUUUAAAAAAUGGGGGAAGCCUGCGGAGACUUCGGCGUUUGGCCCUCCCACCUGCUUUGAAACAACUGCAACAUCAUCCUUCAUAAUUUCUCAGUUCAACCUGCAUUUCAAGCUUAAAUUCUUCGUGGAAUUUGUUUUUCUUACAAAGCUGCACAUUAGGAGAGGAGGGGCGAGCAAACACCGCAAUUAUGGAGAACACAACAAAUGGGAUCUUAUGCUUUUCUGGCAACUGAUAUUUGAGAAAUUAACAGGCACAGGAACAGUUAAAGGAAAAGAGGUGUUUCUACCAUUUUUAAUGGGCUCAGUCUUUUAAGAUUGAUUAACAUUUAAGCAUUAAUAAAACAAUGAUUAACGUUUUUUACAUUCUAAAAAAGAACAGUCAUGAAUUAUUCAUAAGUAUUUAUUUGUAACUAACAGUGUGCCCUCUUGCACAUCUAUAGAUUAUAAAAUACUCCUACUUCGAUUACAGGGCUUUGUUCCCUCACAACAAGUUUUACAUAAGAACAGGACAAAUUUAACCCGUUAACAGCUGAGCAGCUGGAGGAAGCCAAUCACGUGAGCUAAAGUGACAGCCACGCCUUUAAAAAUCAAUAUUAAGUGGAAUUUGAAUGGUCUCCUGUUAACCACAAGGACAAUGUGGUUAAGAAACAAACACCUGAAACUAUAUAAAACCUGUAGAAGCUUUUGUUCUGUCAUUAAAAUGCCCUUUGUUAGACUGCAUUGGGGAAUAAAGGAAGAUGCCUUAGUAAAGACACUAGGCAGCUUCUUACAGUUAACUGUCACUACAUACAAAAAGCUGUUCAUUCUUUAAUUCACUUCAGUUUCAGUUCUGUUUCUGUGUUAAUUUUAAUCUUCAUUAACUAUGUUGUAUGUGUAUUUGUGUCUCAGAGGCAAGAUUCAGGAAAAUCAGUACAAGUUUUGCAAUAAAAACAGAACUUUCUAUAA